AUGGCGGGCGUGCUGAAGAAGACCACUGGCCUUGUGGGAGUGGCUGUACGUGAGAUGGUUAAAACAGAACCAGAUGUUAAAAAAUUAGAAGACCAACUUCGGGGUGGCCAAAUAGAUGAGGUUAUUCUCCAGGCUGAAAACGAACUAUGUCUGGCAAGAAAAUCGAUACACUGGAAACCAUGGGAGCCUUUUGUGGAAGAGCCUCCAGUCAACCAAUGGAAAUGGCCAAUAUAA